AUGACUCUCGCCAUCAAGCAAGCAGCCUCGAGAGCAGGCCUAGAUCCGUGUGCAUAUGGAACGCAUUCGAUACGCCGCGGCGGAGCAACCGCAAUGCUUGGGGCAGGAGUCGAUCGUCUCGUGAUCAAGCACUUCGGUCGCUGGAGCUCGGACUGCUACGAGCAAUACACGCGAAUGGAUGGCCUGACCAUUUCAAAUCUGGCUACGAGAAUGGUG